GUACGACUUACUUUCAGUUUAUUGACGGCUGGUCGAAAGUGUGCAACGUGUCUUUGCUGCUGGCUACGUAUUUAGCGGCUUAUUUAUAUUAGGGUGGCAAAAAGGGGGCACGAAUCCAGAAAUCGUUCAAUUAGAUUUAGAUUGUGGACACUAUAAUUUGCUUUAAAUUGCUUUAAAUAAUUUGUCAUGAACGAUUUAGUGCAUUUAGCCAAAUCGCAUGGCCUGAAGCUAGUGCCGUUCCUUGUGACGCUAAUUUUAUACUUUUCGCUGGUUCGUCGGGAUCCACAAGGAGAGCUAUGGACCACAGUGCUAAAAUGUUUGCCCAUUGUGGCUUUAAUGUUUUAUGUUCUGGUCAAGGGUUUUAAACUCAACAAAGACUAUCGUCGAUCUCAUUGGAUUUUGAUUGGCUUAAUUUUUUCCUGCGGUGGAGAUGCUUUGCUAAAUGUUAAUCUUUUUCCCUUUGGCAUGAUCUCGUUUGGCAUAGCCCAUGUUUUCUAUAUUAGCGCAUUUGGCUGGAAGCCACGAAAAUGGUUCCUCGGCAUUGCUCUCUAUGCAGCUGUUACAUUAUUUAUAUAUAUUGUGCACAAGAACCUGGAUGAAAUUCUAAUUGUGGGUGUACCCAUCUAUUGUGCUCUAAUCACGACAAUGUUAUGGCGUUCCAUUGCCCGUGCUCUUGAUGCCAAAAACUUUCUCUGUGUUUUCUGCGCAGUGGGAUCCAUUCUUUUUGUCAUUUCCGAUGGCUUAAUUGCAGUAACUAUGUUUAUGGGCGUGCCACUACCCCAUGCUCGUCUACAAAUUAUGAUUACAUAUUAUGCGGCGCAAUUUGCCAUUGCGUUAAGCACUGCCGAUGAUGGAGCUAAGGUUAAUGUAAGUCCUAAAGAAAAUAGGAACAGAAAACAGAAGUAGUUACCAUAAAUGCUCAAUUCAAAACAUCCAAAGAAAAUUAACCACCAGAAUAUUAGUACUUCCAAUUAUAAAGACGCGUAACUAAUAGAAUUUAAACCAAAAAAGAAAAAAUGUGUUGAAAAAACGUGUCUGUCAUUUAUAGAAUUAUUAGAGUAGUUGUUUCUUAGAUAAUAAUUAUAUAUAAUUCAAAUGUUAAUAGAUGUCUAAGUGUAAGGAAGCAUAUCAAGCAAAUAUUAAUUUAAAGUUAUUAUUUUUAAUUCACUCUCCAAGGACUGAUCGGGCUGCUGUUUAGAUUUCAAAUUGGCCAUCCUAUGUAUUGAGAAUAAGUUUUUUACAAAUUAAAAAAGCUGAUUGUUUACAAAAUCUGAUAAUAUUCAAACAAAAAUUAAUAUGUAAAGGGAAAAUGCAUAAAAAAUAUAUAUUGCAUAAGAAAAGUUUCAUUAUGAGUUUCGAUACUGCUUACAUCAAAUAAUACUUUACAAAUCAUUUCAAUUUGUUCUUAUAUGCCAAAUUUUAUAAGCCAUUAACUUAAUA